AUGAAGACCUACCGCCAGUUCCCUGGCAAGGCCUGGCUUCACUAUGACACUGCCUUUUGGAAGGAUGCACCUGCAUCAGGCCUGGCAGACUGGUCGUGCAAAAACCUCAACCUGUACAAUUUCCAUACUUGUUUGGUGCCACAGUCCCAGCCAUCAGCUGCAUCUUCUCCAUUCCCUAACUCAGGCAGCUUGUCAUCCAACUUCUGCAGAUCACGAAGUGAUAGCAUCUGUCACUGGCUCUUUGGUCGAUGCCGGUACUGCCACUUCUGUGAUAAAUGUGAAGGGGACCACCCCAGCAUCAACUGCCCCUUUCGUGCCUCCAAAUCAUAUGAGCAGCACUCCCAAGCAACUACCUCAUCUUGGUACAAAUGCCAGCAGCAUUGAGGUGGUCUAUAGAUCACCAAAGGCCACAGGGCAUUCCAUUACUGGUGCUUUUCAGCAAGAUUUGGUCUCUCCUUUUAGAGCUUCACCCACUAGUGCAGACAAACUGCAGCAGGAACUUUGUUUUCAUCCUGAUCAAAGAAAAGUGGAUUUUGUCAUUUCUGGUACUACUGGUGGUUUUUUUUCUUGGCUUUGAUCCUUUGGCAGUAUUAUUGAGGUCUGCGACCCAGAAUAUGCCAUCAGCAGCACUUCACCCUGCCGUGAUUGAUCAGUAUCUCUUCACAGAACUUCAAAAAGGUCAUGUAGCUGGCCCCUAUGCUAUAUCUCCAAUUCCAAACCUUCAUGUUAGUUUCUUUGGAGUGACCCCAUAGAAGUACCAACAUGGAAAGUGGUAGCUUAUCUUGGACUUAUCUAGCCCAGUGGGCCAUAGCAUCAACAAUGGCAUUCCUAGGGAGCCUUGCUCUUUACAGUACAUGAAAGUAGACAAUGUCAUCGGUGGGAUCAUGUCAUGCCCAACUCACUUGUCUGCCAGAACAACUUGGAUUUGUGCAUUCCACUUUUUGGGGACGAAGGCAUCCCCCUUCACCUAGAUAAACUGGAGGGGCCAUCCACCUGCUUAACAGUGCUUGGUAUUGAGCUGGAUUUACUUGCCCUUCAGGCUUGUCAUCCAUGGGACAAGUUUGAGCAAAUCAUUGCCUUGUUGGAUACAUGGUCUUCCAAACAGUACUGUCUGAGAAAAGAGCUGGAAUCUCUCAUCUGCAAUCUCCAACAUGUAAAGUCAUUCCUCGUCAGGCAUACCUUUUUACAGCAUAUGAUCAACUUAUUAUUAGUGUUCCAAGGGGAUGACCACCCCAUAAGGCUUCAAAAAUUUCAUUUAGACCUCUCUUGGGGGCAUGAAUUCUUCCAUUCUUGGGAUGGCCUCAGUUUUCUGUUUACCCCAAUUGGGCUCCACUACCUGAUUUUUCUGUUUCCUAUCAAUUGCAUACAAGGAGCACUUCCCAGUGGGUCCCUCUUAGCAGCCCACCAUUCCUUUGCCUUUGCGGCCUCUCAUACUGCUAGUAGAGACAAUUUUAUUGCUGAUGCCUUAUCUCAUUUUGAUUUCCAGGGUUUCCAUUGUCUAGCUACACACGCAGCACCUGUGGCUACAUCAGUCCUGCAGUCUCUACUGGCCCAGCUUCCCAUGACUUGAAAGCAAAUUAUCCAAUGGUCUUGCACCCUCCACUCAGCAGUCUAUGGCUCUGCUCAACACCAAUACCUAGCUUUCUGUGGUCAGGAUACUCCUAGCAAUUUAUGUCAUCCCUUUCUAACUGCUAGUGAACAAACAGUGAUGUAUUUCUGUGCAUACCUUGCAGAUUGUCUUCAUCACUCCUUCUAUUAA